CCCCUACUAUUAUUUCCCGGAACCACCCGCAAAAAACAAAAAGAAAAUUCACAACAGAUUUCUCCGUCGACGAAAACCAUGUCUCUCCCGGCCAUUCUCGCCGUCCUCGUCCUCCUAUCACCAUUCACCGUAUCCUCCGCCGACGACGAUACCCGGUCAGUCUACGACGCCAUCCAGGACUUCAACUUCCCGAUGGGAAUUCUCCCCCAGGGCGUCACCGGCUACGACCUCGACCGGAGCACCGGCAAGUUCGCCGCCUAUUUCGACGGCGCUUGUAGCUUCUCGCUCGAAGGCUCGUACCAGCUCAAGUACAAGUCCACCAUCACCGGCACCAUCUCGAACAACAGGCUCAAGGACCUGACCGGCGUCAGCGUCAAGAUCCUGUUUCUCUGGCUCAAUAUCGUCGAGGUGUCCCGGAGCGGCGAUGACUUGGAUUUCUCGGUGGGGAUUGCGUCGGCGUCGUUUCCGAUUGAUAACUUCUACGAGUGUCCGCAGUGCGGUUGUGGAUUGAAUUGCAGCCCUGCGCCGCCGCAAGUAAGGAAGAUUAAGAUGAAGUCUCUGGUUUCUUCUAUUUGAAUUCAGAAAUUGGAUUUGUAGAGACAAUUUUUAUUAUGCAAUUUACUGUUUGAUUAAGUGGUUUAGUUCUUAUGUUUUUUUGUUUUGCAAUAAUCAUUUGUUUUCGUUUAUGACUGUGGAAAUAAAUUUACCGGCUUUCCCUUUA